AUGCCUCCCCCAAAAUCCGCCAGUACUUGUAUGCAAUGUCGUGCCCGCAAGGUGAAAUCCCUCAACGAUCUAAUCAACGCGCUCUUUAAAUCUGACUCGGCUCGACAGGUCCGAUGCGAUGGAGGCCCGCAUUCAUGCUCCAAUUGUGAGCGUCUCAGCUUUAGCUGUUCUUUCACGUCCUCCAGAUUACCAUCUCAUCCAGAACGCCGCCGCGGGUCUCGAGCCUGUGUGAAGUGUCGCAGUCAGAAAGUAAAAUGCUCCGGCGACCUGCCUGCAUGUGCUACAUGUCGGGCGCGAGACCAGGAUUGUGUGUACCCGGAUGGGAAAAGAACUGCUCGUCCUUCGCAUCGAUCACCGAGCAUUGUGAAUCAAUCUGGGGCUACUUCCGGGGUCUCUCCUAGGCUCUUACAGUCAUCUUCACACGAUGCAUCUACAGAUGUUGCACAGUUCGGAUCACAUUCUGUGGUGGCAGGGCUACCAGCUGAAGCCGACACUCCUCUACCACCUUCCGUAGACGUACCAUCAUCUUGGGGAGACUCGGUCACCGAACCGAGCCCGAUAGAAGGCGGAGGAGGUACUCGCUCAAUUGCUUUACCGCCUAUGCGAGACCGACUCCAAUUGAUCAUCGAUUUCUUCCGCCAUGUACAUCCGUUGCCCUCUUAUGCGUUCCUCAACGAAGUCUCAAUAACUCAGCGUUGCCUGGAUGGAAGCCUCGACGAAACCCUCCUCUUGGCUCUGCUUGCAAUAUCCUCCUUUCAUCUCAAGUACGCCAAGUAUCACCCAACAUUGACGGCGCAAUGGAUUCAGCAUGCAGAAGAUAUCAUUUGGUCAAAAAUCGAGAAACCCAGGAUUUUCACAACACAAGCCCUGCUUCUCAUCAUCCACUACAGGAUCGAGAGUGGCUCAUUUCAGCGCGCUUACAUGCUGAUGGGUAUAGCUGGUCGUGCAGCCAGCGCCCUGCGUCUGCAAUACGAGAGAAUCGACCUUGGUCCUCUCGCGCAAGAAAUCAGGCGGCGUAUAAUGUGGUGUAUGGCGCUUCUGGACAUGUCUUUCUCAAUCGGUUUGCCAGAAUCUGAGGUUUGCUCGCCGGAUUCUAUCUAUGUACGGGUGCCGUGCAGCGAGGAAGAUUUUCAAACAGAGAGUGAUGACAACGAUCCCUUGAGUCUGGAUGGAAUAUCUGAGAACGGGUUGCUCGCCACGUCCAUUCGAAUAACGCUGAUCACGCGUGACAUCAUAAGGCUCAUGCGACAAGUCCGGCUGUCAUCACAGCCGAUGCCACAACUAUCUGAUCUCGUAGAGGAAUUUGGCAGAAUGCUGCAACAGCUGGAAAUGCCGCCAUACAGUGCCCAGGAACUUCAACGCUUUGCAUCUUCAAAAUGGCUUGUCCGAUUUUUGACAGUACAGCUUUCCUGGCAUCAAGCUCACUGCGACGCAUACAGACUCUUUCUUUCGGGCUAUAGGGAGGCGGCUCCUGAAGUUGUCCUCGCAUCACAGCCGCAAUCUUAUAUCGCCAUGGCUGCAAGAACCUGCUUGUAUCACGCCAAAGCCAACAUUGAGAUCUUGAAUGAUUUCUCCAGACUUACGGUCUGUCCAUUUGUGGCUGAUUACAGGAUGGCUAUCUGCGGCUAUCAUGCGUGCCGGCUCAUUCUCUUCUUGAGCAAAUCUGACCUGAUUCCGUCUGAAACGAAUUUCACUGGGGAAGCCGCGUGCCACCAAGCGUCUGCUAUUCUGACGCUAUUGCAACGUUUGUACAAGGACUCACCCCUAGUGCAGUUUAUCUUGAGGGAUCUUGAGGCCAUGAUCAAGUUAUACGUGGCUGGUGAUUCCGAGCAUGGACGCGACUCUUCUGAACGCGAGGAAAACGAUACCCAGCAACCCCGCUUCGCUGUCACUGUACGAAAACACAAGAGUCUAGGCGUACAUAGCGUGUUCCGACGAGCUGGAUUCGCCGAUGACAGCGCAGAAGCUGGGGAACCAUGUGAGCGCCCUCAAACCCAGAAUAUUCCCCAACCCGAGUCGGGAGAUGCACACGGGAUAGCGAGUCAGCCAUCCGUGGUUGAGCCGGGUCUAGAUGAGGGUCAUAUGGCACUGGAUGUCUUGAUGAAAGCAGCCAUGCUACCAAGCCCAAACUUGGCGGAUCCGCACUUUACCUUCUCGGUUACCAACAUGUCUACCCGACCGCCCAACAUCAUCUUCAUUAUGGCUGAUGAUCAUGCUGCCAAAUCUAUAUCAUGCUAUGGCGCAGGAAUCAACAAAACACCAAACCUUGACCGCAUCGCCAACGAGGGCAUGCGCUUCGACCACUGUUACGUCACCAACAGCAUCUGCACGCCUUCUAGAGCAGCAAUCCUCUGCGGCACACACAAUCACGUCAAUGGAGUCAUGACCCUUGACUCCAAGAUCAACAAAAGACUACCCAAUGUCGCCAAGCAGCUCAAGUCAAGCCCUGCUGCCUAUCAGACAGCAAUGGUGGGCAAGUGGCAUCUUGGCGAAGGCAAAGACCACGAACCCACGGGCUUCGACUACUGGAGCGUUGUGCCCGGGCAGGGAGAGUACUGGGAUCCUCAGUUUAUCGAGCCUGAGGGUACCACCCGAGUUCCCGGCUACGCAACCGAUAUCAUCACGGACAAGUGCAUUGAAUGGAUGGAGAAGCGUGACAAGGAACGGCCAUUCUUUCUUAUGUGCCAUCAUAAGGCUCCUCAUCGGUCUUGGGAGUACGAUAGCAAACAUAAGGAUCUCUACAAGGACCCCAUUCGCCUGCCCGACUCUUUUACCGAUGACUACAAGAACCGCGCCAAUGCUGCGAAAGUGGCCAAGAUGAGAGUCGCCGAGGACUUGACGUAUACCGACCUGGGUGUAGUCCAACAAGAGGGUCCCAGAAGUCAGGUCGGAGAGAAGAUGGUGGAUGUCUGGUGGUGGAACGACCGCAAGAUCCCCGCCCCUGAUGAUGUCACAAAACUGAAACUCAUCUGCAAGGAAACAGCCCAAAGCUUUACUUUCGAAACGCCCCAAGAGCUGGCUGAGUGGAAGUUCCAACGGUAUAUGCAGAGGUAUCUCCGAACUAUUCAAAGCAUCGAUGAUAACGUUGGUCGCAUGCUUGACUGGCUUGAUCAAGAAGGUCUAGCAGAAGAUACCGUUAUUGUCUAUACUUCAGACCAAGGUUUCUUCCUCGGAGAGCAUGGCUGGUUUGACAAACGCUUCAUGUACGAGGAGAGCUUCCAAAUGCCUUUUAUGAUUCGCUACCCACGCGAAAUCGCACCCAAGUCGGUAUGCAAUGAUAUUAUCUGCAACGUCGACUUCGCGCCCACGUUCCUUGACUUUGCCAACGCUCGUAUUCCUACAUACAUGCAAGGUGUCUCCUUCCGCCCUCUUGUCAAGGGCCAAACACCUUCCGACUGGCAACAAGUUGCAUACCAUCGCUACUGGAUGCAUCGGGAUGUUAUCCACGAGGCCUAUGCGCACUACGGUGUUCGUGAUCAGCGAUAUAAGUUGAUAUACUGGUAUGCCGAGGACUUUGGACUUGAGGGUACUAGAGAAGGUGGGCAGGACAAGGAGUGGGAGCUUUUUGACUGUCAGGAGGAUCCGUUAGAGCUGUUUAACUGCUACCAUGAUCCUAAGUAUGCUGAUGUUGUGAGGAAUAUGACAAAGAUGCUAGAGGAUAAGAUGGCCGAGAUUGGAGAUGAGCCUGUUCACAAACUAUCUAGCUCAUAGAGCAUGUGUUUUAAAUGCCAAGAUUUCUGAGC